AUGACCAGUCUCCACAGCCCGAUAUGGCACGUUAUCGAAUCGUUCUACGGGUUGUUCGCACCUGAUCCACCCCCGAGGAUGCGGGACCCUUCGAAGCCAAUGCAAGUCAUAUGUGUUGGACUGCCUCGCUCCGGUACCGAGUCACUGCAGAAAGCCCUGUUGACGCUCGGCUACGAUUACACAUAUCAUGGCUGGGAUAUGCUAAACGAGUCACCGCAUCGUAUGAAUUCCUGGGUUGCACUAGCCCGGAGGAAAUUUUUCAAGCCGACUGCUGAGCCGAUCACCUCUGCGGACUUUGAUGCAUUGCUCGGCCAUGCUGUAGCAGUCACCGAUGCUGCUGCAAAUUGCUUCUCCGCUGAGCUCAUCGCAGCGUAUCCAGAUGCCAAGGUGAUUCUAAAUACACGCCAGGACAUUGAUGCGUGGCACGCGUCUGUGAUGUCGAACAUUGUCGCCGUGAACGAAGACUGGUUCAAGUGGCUUCUCUGGUGA